AUGACACUAUCGGCGUUGGCGGAGACCCAUCUUGGAGCAGCAGGGCCACAAUUCGAUCCGCAUACUGAACCUCAUACUUGUGCGGAAAGAUGGCGAUAUUGGAUUCGCCAUUUUAAUUAUUACCUGGACGGUCAAGUUGACCAAGUGGUGAGCGCGGAAAGCAAAGAUGACUACGAGCCUGCAGUCAACAAGUUGACAGAAUACUUUGUGCCCAAGUUGAAUACCGCCUAUGAACGACAAAAGUUCAGAAGUUUGGAGUUUAAAAGGGAAGAAACGACAGCUCAGUUUGUCACAAAGUUACGAAAACAAAGUCGAUAUUUCGACUUUAAAGACAAGGAUGAGUGUAUAAGAGACCAGUUAAUUGAAAAAUGUAUGUACCCCGAUCUAAAACGAAAGUGGCUGCGAAAAACAUUGGAUAUCACUGAAAUGUUAGAUAUGGCGCGAGUUUAUGAAUUAGAGAACUACACUAGAUUGAAAAAAGAUACAAGAACCUGUUGC